CGGGGAGGCCAUGGCGGGCGGCUGGGCCACGGCACUGGGGCUGGGGCUCUGGGCCACCGCGCUGUGCCUGGGGGGCUGCCACCCCCUCGGGGGGGACACAGAGCCCCACACCAUGGUGGAGCGCCCAGCUGUGCUGCGGGACAAUUUCCGCCUGCAGCCUGGCGACCUGGUGGCCACAGCGGGCCAGGUGCUGGAGCUGGACUGCGUGCCUCCCGCUGGGCACCCUGAGCCCCGCGUCACCUGGAGGAAGGACGGUGUCACCCUGCGCCCAACUGGGGGACGUCAUCAGGUCACCCGCGGGAAGCUGCGGGUGGCCCAAGUGCGCAGGACCGACGCGGGGGUCUAUGUCUGCGUGGCGGCCAACGCGGCAGGUGAGCGGCACAGCCGGGGUGCCCACGUCACUGUCCUAGAGAAGCCGGCCAUCGUGCGGCGGCCAAGCGACGCCGUGGUGGUGGCUGGUGGCACAGUGGAGCUGGGCUGCAGUGCGCAGGGUGAUCCCGUGCCACGGGUGCAGUGGCACAAGGAGAGCGGAGACCUGCCCUGGGGGAGGCACGAGGUGGACCAGGAGCACACGCUGCGCCUCUACGCCGUGACGGCCGCCGAUGCCGGCACCUACACCUGCACAGCUCAGAGCCAGUUGGGCAGCGCCGCCGCCACCGCCCGUGUCCAAGUGGAGGACCAGCUGCCAGCAAGCCGGCGGGAGGCCACGCCACGGGACCUGCUGGCCGUGCGGCUGCAGCUGGACAACGGCACUGCACUGCCCACCGCCGCUGCCGCCUGGCUCCGCUGGCGGAUGAUGGCACCAGGGCCAGCGCCGGAGGGCUACGUGGUGCUGUACCGCUGCCUGCUCCCUGUCAGCACCGCCUGGUCCCAGCAGGAUGUGGGCAGGGAGCUCAGCACUGUCAUCCCUGCGCUCCGACGGGGCUACCAGUACGAGUUCAAGGUCCGGCCCUAUGCCAGGGGGGCCUGGGGCUUGGACAGCAACAGCUGGCACCUCUGGAUCCCUGAGGAAGUGCCGAGCGCGGCGCCCCAGCAUGUCACCGUGGGCCAGGCUGAGCCAGGGAACAGCACCGUUGUCGUGAGCUGGGAACCACCUCCCCCUGAUGCUCACAAUGGCAUCAUUCGGGGCUACCAGGUCUGGUCCCUGGGCGAGGGCUGGUCGCACCCCACCAACAGGACAGUGGACGGAGGCACCCACCGCUUGGAGACCCCCUUGCCUGUCUCCGGGGCCAGAUACUGCAUCCAGGUGGCCGCAUUCAAUGGCGCGGGGCUGGGGGUCCCUAGCAAUGCCACCUGCAGUGCCCUGGAAGUGACGGCGGGGAGCACUGGGAUGGUGCGGGCUCUACGGCAGCCUGCUGUCAUCGCAGCUGCCGGCUCACUGCUGUGGCUGGCCCUGCUCGCCCUCCUCCUCCUCCUCUGCCAGCGCCGCGCCAGGCAGGAUGCCUUGGCACGCCACAGACAGGGGGACAGCGACACACCAUGGCUCAGCAGCCCCUGGAAACCCAGCUGCGUCCCCCAGAACCUCAGUGGCAGCGGCAGCCUCAGCAGCCGGCUCCUGGGCAGCGACAGCAGGGACCCCCAGCCCUCCUCCCUGUCCUCGGAGCCUCCGAGCCUCAGUCCAGCGACAUCCCCCAACUGCAGCGACCUUCGCAGGGGACACCCCAAACCCAGCACCCUGAGCCCAGCACCCUGGGAGCACAUCCACAAGAGAGAGCUGGACCGAGUGCACAGCACCCCGGUGCUGGCAGCUGGACUCGGGACCAUCCCCAUCCCUGCGAGUGGUGGUGAGUGGGGGACACGUUUUGGCCCGGAGGCUGGGUGGCUUCAGCAGAAGGGACAGGACAGUGACGCCACGCUGGCAGGAGGGGACCUAUGGUGGCUGCCAGCCGUCAUCUCCCCGAAAGCACGGCGGGGCAGUGCCUUGCUGGCAUCCAUUGGCACUGAGACACUGGUGGCACCCCUAGGGCAGCCCCGCGCCUGGCACCCUGCAGGGACUCGGUUCCCGGCCACUGGGUGCUCAAGGGACAUGUCCCCAGUUACUGGAAACCCAAGAGACUCGUCCCCAGUCACCAGGAGCCCCAGGAACAUGUCUCCGGUCACCAGGAAACCGAGGGACAUCUUGCUGGUCAGCAGACACCCCAGGGACAUGUCCCCAGACACUAGGAGCCCCAGGGACAUGUCCCCAGUCCCGAGGAGGCCCAGGGACAUGUCCCCAGACACUAGGAGCCCCAGGGACAUGUCCCCAGUCCCGAGGAGGCCCAGGGACAUGUCCCCAGACACUAGGAGCCCCAGGGACGUGUCCCCAGUCCCCAGGAGGCCCAGGGACAUGUCCCCAGACACUAGGAGCCCCAGGGACAUGUCGCCAGUCCUCAGGAGGCCCAGGGACAUGUCGCCAGUCACGAGGAGCCCCAAGGAUGUGUCCCUGAUCAUGAGGCACCCCAAGGAUAUAUCUCUGGUCACCAGGAACCCCUGGGACAUGUCCCCAGUCACCAGGAGCCCCAUAGACAUGUCCCCAGUCGCAGGGAGCUGCAGGGACAUGUUUCUGGCCACCAGGCACGGCAAAGAUAUGUCACCAGCCAGUGGGUGCCCCAAGGACAUGUCCCCAGUCAUUAGGCACUCUAAGGAAAUGUCCCCAGUCACCAAGCGCCCCAGGGACAUGUCCCCAGCCACUGGGCCCUCCCUGCUCACCACAUAUCAUGAGAACAAGUCCCCAGUUGCUGGGCACCCCAGGGACACAUCACCAGACACCAAGCAACCGAGGGACAUGUUCCUGGUCACCAGACAUCCCAGGGAUGUGUUCCCAGACACCAGGCACCCUGAGGAUACAUCCGUGGUCACCAGGCACCCCAGGGAUGUGGCCACGGUCACUGGACGCCCCAAGAACAUGCUCCUGGCCACCAGGCACCCUGAAGACGUGUCCCCAGACCCUGCCCGCCUUUCACUGGCGCUCAGCGAUGGGGUCCUCACGCCACAGCAGGUGGCCGAGGACCUGGAGCAGGCACGGGAGGCCGCCCACCCCAUGAACACCCCAGGGAUGGAGCAUCCCCCGAUGCCAGCGGUGUCCCCAACACAUCCCCGGUGUGUCCCUGUGCCCCGGUCCCUCUCCCCUCCGCACACCUACGGGUACAUCUGCGGACCUCCUGCCUCAGAGCUGGGCGAGGGGGAGGAGGAAGAAGAGGAGGAUGACGAGGAGGAAGAAAGGACAGAGACGUGGGACCAGGGAGGCUCCCCGGGGGGGUCUCUGCUGAAUGGCUGGGGCUCCGUCUCGGAGGGAAAUGUCCCCAGCACCCGCUGCAGCCUGGCGAGCUCCUCCGACGGCUCCUUCCUGCUCGAUGCCAGCUUUGCCCGGGCUCUGGCUGUGGCUGUUGACAGCCUCUGCUUCAGCCUUGAGGAUGCUGAUGGUGCCCUUGCCCCCCUGAGUCACCAGGCAUCGUUCCCUCUCUGUGGGGAGGUGGCCUUGGGGACAGGGACGGGCAGCCCCUGGGCCAGGGUGGCCAGCAAGCAGGGCGGGCUCCUUGCCGGGGACAGGAGGGACAGGAACGCAGCGGUCCCCAGGGUAUAGAAGGUGGGAAGGCCAGAGCCUGCCUGGCUUGGCUAAAAUCCAGCUUUAUUCAUUGAUUCCCCCAAAAGGGGCUCUCUGCUAGAAAAAGCUACAUGCAAAGGAUGGGUGGCACCGGGGCAGCAGGUGCCCCUCCUGCUCUUCCUCCCUUCGUCCCUCCCAACCAGCCUUGGCCUCAGGGUCCUCAUCCUUGUGGGGCACCCUCAUCCCCUGUGACUGUCCUGGGCUGUCCCAAACCUCCUCAUCCCUCCCGAGCAUCCUUGUCCCUUCCGAGCAUCCUCAGGCAUCCUCAGCAUCCUUGUCCCCACCCAGAGCAUCCUUGUCCCUCCCUCAAGCUGCUGCCCACCCCGCUGGCUCUGUGCACACCUAUUUAUGCAUCUCAGACAGAAAUUAAUGAGCAUCCCAUUUCUA